AAACAGUAAAGUUACUCUUUAACCGAUUGCAACGUCAAUCCUUGCUGUCCACUGUGGGAGGGGUUUCUCAUCUCAGGCAGAGGUCAUUCAUCCAGCCCAACCCUCCUCUGCUCAAAUCAAAGGACUGCAUCACACAGUGGGUCUGGUCGUACAGCAGGGACACACUCUCAGCUGGAGGCUGCUCUAACACACACACACACGCACACACACUCACUCACUCACGGCUGCAGAUAUGAUACAUGUUGCUUUUCUCCUCCUGAUCAUCUUCACAGAUGGGUUGUCCUCUGAGAAAGUGUGCAGUUACCAGGAUAUAGUGGACUACUUGAAUCUUACCACAAAUAACGCCGCGUUUAAACUGACCCGGCCUGUGUUGGACUACACGCACCUCACCAUGGUGGAGCUGGACAUCAUCCUCUAUGCCAUCCUGGCCGUGAUUGAGAAAACACAAACUUUUAUUCCUUUCAUCUGGGCAACAAUGAUGUGGAACAAUGAACGCAUCUCGUGGGACCCGGCUCAGUUUUGUGGAAUCACUCAUAUUUCAGUUCCUAAAGAAAUGCUCUGGAGACCAGACCUCUUCAUCUAUGAGAUGACACAGAAGGAUGACUCGCCUCAGAAUCCGUACAUGCAGGUGUCCCACAGUGGGGUGAUCACUUUGGAAGAGGACAUGAAGGUGGUCAGCAGCUGUGAGAUGGACGUCCACAAGUUCCCCUUUGACAUACAGAGAUGCAACAUCUCCAUUGGAUCUGCAAUACACUGUGUUGAGGAGGUUCGUCUCUUUCCUUUCUCCAACUCGUCACGAGCCACACAGUUUUCCAGAGAGCUGAUGAUGACUCAGGGAGAGUGGGAGUUCCUCCAGCUGUCCGUCACCAGCCGCAAUUUCAGCAUUGACGAUAAACAAUGGGAACAGCUCAUAUACACUUUCACCAUGAAGAGAAGGCCCCUUCUCCAUGUCAUCAACUUCCUGUUGCCCAUCCUGUUCUUCCUAAGUCUGGACCUCGCCUCCUUCUUCAUUGCAGACCAUCGAGGAGAGAAGCUGGGCUUCAAAGUCACCGUACUGCUGGCCAUCUCUGUCCUGCUGCUCAUUCUGAACGACAUCCUGCCCUCCAUGUCCAACAAGACACCACUCAUAGCGACCUACUGCAUUGUGAUUUUUGCUCUGAUGCUGCUCAGCCUGCUGGAGACGAUCUUGGUUACGUAUCUUAUGGAGAAAGACUCUGCAACCCAGGAGGGGCUCAGGCUGAGGGACGACUGGGAGGACAAACAGGAAAAAGUCAAAAAAGAUAACUGUAACACAGAGGAGAAAAGACAGACCUGCUGUUCAUGCAUCAGCAAAGAGUCCAGUGGUGAGAAACCGCACGAACUGCUGCCCAUGGCUGAAGAGGUUAACAACAGCAUUCAGUCACGAGAGUCUCGCGUGUUACUGCUGAUCCUGGAGGAGCUGAGGGAGCUGCAGAAAACUCUGAAUCUGCACCUCGGCUGCAGACAGGAAGGAGGGAAGUCCGGUCUUUGGGCCUCAAGAAUCAACAGAGUUUUCUUCAUUUUCUACAUCACCAUAGUGUCACUGUUUUUACCCCUCAUCUUCAUUGCAUGGAACACUUAGAAAUGUAAAAUAACACCUUGCAAUACUUUGGUUGUUGCUCUAUUUCUACAGGUGAUGUCUACAAGUGUCGUGUUGUGCUUUUAAAAGCAUCUUGUGAAUCUUUUUUUUUUUCCUGUGGUUUAGAUGAGAUCAUUUUUGGACAAUCCUGCAGACGUGUUGUGUCAAGGAAAGCUUUAGUCAGACAUCUUUACUGUCAAAGCCAGUUCAACUGACUACCUUUGAAUGAUUGUAUAAUGUGUAGUGAAUAAUCAUAUGGAUAUAUACCAGGAUAAUAAAUGUUUAAAACAUUAAAUCCUAAUACAAACCACUGAAUGUUUGAAUUUAGAAAAGAGAAAGGACAAACAUUGUCUGCCUUAAAGCUACUGAAAUCUUCGGCAGCAAUUGUUAGUUCAUGAUCAAUUUGUAGGCUAAAAUAAACAAAUAAUAAAUGUAUAAUCACAGUUAUGAUUCACUGGAGAAAAAAAGUCCUCACUGUGGCUUAACCCACAGAUACAUCAAUAGCUGCAUUGAUGUCAUAGCCAAAAAAAGGUGGAUAUAAUUGUAUAAAUGAAGGUGCAGCUGUGUUCAAUGACUCACAAGCUCCCAAAAUCUUGUGUGCAGUGUAAACAUAGACAAAUCUAAUCUGAUGUAAUCCAAUCUGGACCAUCGAUUGUAAAAGAUAAGAGGAAACUUUCCUGCCCCCUAGUUCAAUUCUUCACUGACCUCACUGAUGUCAUGAUUUACACUGUAAUAUUUCACAUUAUCUCUCCACUCAGACAAACAGAUCUUUCCCUCCUGUCCUGUUUCAGCCCACUCUCAGGUCACAGCUCAUCUGUCACUCAGACUUUAAACCAAUCACGUCCGUCCUCACUGGCAUGAUAGUCUCUAUGUUAUAAACACAUCAUCAGAAAAGAGGGUCUGGUCUAUCACUGGAUGCUCGUCACGCAGGCUGCGUAUAAAAAGUACCCUCAGGACUUUUACAUGUUUUAUUCUUUCACCACAUCAAAUCACAGUGGAUGUUAUUUUUGUUUAACCCUGUUAGCAGGCAGUGAUGGUCCGUCUGUCCAGGCUGAAAUAUCUCAGCAGCUAUUGAAUGGAUUGACAUUCAUUUUCUUAAGAGGAUGAAUCCUAGUAACUCAGAUGAAGUGUAGAUCAAAGGAUGAGCUGUAAUAACUUAAGAGGUCCCUUUUCUUUUCUUCUAGGGCCAUCAUCAAGUCAAACUUUUAAUUUUUCCAGUGUUUUGGUUUACGACCAAACACAUGCGGAGGUAAAGACGUUCUCAUCAGCUGGACUUUGUUUCACUAAUUAGCACAUCCUGCCUGUCCGUCUCUUCCUCCAACCACAUUCCCACUUCCCGUUCAUUGCCAUUCCCUUCCUGUCCAACAGAUGCCCAGUGACUUUUCCCCUCUGCCCCAGUAACCUGACCUUCCCCACUCACCUAUUAUCACUUUCCUCAUCAGCCCUGCAGAUAUUCAGCCAGUCCUUUCCCACUCUCUCCUUCCCAGAUCAUCAGAAUUGUUGUGGUGUCUUUGUGCGCAUGCCUUUGAUCACUGCAUCCUGUGAUGCAGAAACUGUUACCUAAUAAUCCAGACCUACUUCUCGAC